UGAUCUUCUAUUGAGUUUUCAUGAAAUUUAGAUUCAUUUCAAGCUUCAUAGAUAGGAUUCUCCUAAAUCAUCAGCAUUGACUUGACUUUUGCUCGCUGCUAAGCUCUUGCUAUUUUCGAUACCUCAACGUUGCCUUGAACAACUGUUAGUCCACCCCAGCAAUCUAUCCUUUCACAAUACUUCCAUGAUCCCAUCUCCGAUGGUAGAUGUUAGUUUCACAACUCUCUUGCCAUUGAAUCCAAGACUAAUAACUCCCAGGGACUCUCUGUCUUAUGAUAACGAAAACCCAGAGCCAACAUCAGAAGAUCAAACAACACCAACCCUCGAAACACCCCAUAUCACCAUCAACAAUCCAGAUCCGAAUCCAACCAUCAAAGAAGAAUCAUCCGACACCGAAACCGAGAUGUCUUCCUCCCACCGAUCAUCCCACCAUUCAAGCUCCUCCUCGUCAAAAGGAAAACACCACUCCUCUUCCUCGUCAUCCAAAUCCAAGUCCCAAGACAGGGACGACUGGUCCGAGAUCACGGACCCUGAAGAGAGAAGACGCGUUCAGAAUCGAAUCGCACAGAGAAAGUUCCGUAAGCAUUUCCCCUCAAGCAAACAUCUCAAAUCCAUCUAACCAUCAAAAUCAGGAGACAAAGCCAAAGAUGCAAAAGAGCGCGAGGAAAGAGAUGCCGAGAAUCGAGCACAUGCAGGACAUUCAUACCAUACUCCUGAUCCCCACGAGAUGGGAGGGAAUGACGAUCCCUCUGGACUACCAUGGGGAUCGCUCUCGCUAAAGCACGUCGUUGCGAAGGGACGAGCUAGAGGCUCGGAUUCGUACCGUGGAGGAUCGAGCAGAGAUAAGGAAGUCAGUGGGGGGAGUGGGAGUGGAGGGUAUGAUUCACAACAACCGGUUUAUGAUGAGAGAGAUGCGUAUUAUGGCCAGAACCCUACUUACUACGAUUAUGGGAGUGGUAGUGGGAGUGGAUACUCCAGAUAGGCUGGGAAUAUGAUCCAGACGACGACUAAGUGUGUAGAGAGAUGUGAUAUUCGCUUGUUCUUGAUGAUUUUACGGCCUUGUUCAAUUCCUCUCUUGAUAGAUUUUCAGCGCGGUCUUCAGGCUUGGUUCGGGGAUAGAUUUCAUGCUAUUUGCUUGUUUUAGCGAGCGCAAGCGCAAGGGAUUUUCAAGUUUCUUGAGGAGGAUAUGUUCAGGCUGGAGUUGCUUGUUGUUUUGGUUCGGAUGACCCCCUUUCAGUUUCUGGUCGAAACUUUCACUUACGGAGUUUGUCUACCUAUGCCUCUCUUAUUCUUUUUUGGUGGGGGAUAAUACUUGUAUCGCUUAGUGGGUUUGGUUUUUGAG